AUGUCCAACGCAUCGACAACUGUCCCCACUUUAGCCUACUUCCCGACCAGAGGUUUGGCUCAACCCAUACGUCUAUUGUUGAAAUACACGGGAACUCCGUUUGACGACAAACGCUACGAAUUGGGACCCGACGUCCCAAAUCUGCUCCAGAAUUUCCGCAAAGAGAAGUUCACAUUAGGACUGGACUUCCCUUCCGUUCCCUACUAUCUCGACGGCAACGUAAAGCUCACGCAAAGCAUAGCUAUACUAAGAUAUUUAGGCCGUAAGUACGGGUUAGUGGCCGGGGAUGAGGCGGGACUCGUGCGCCAGGAUUUGGUCGAACAGCAGAUCCAAGACAUAAAACAAUCAUUUUUUGAGAUAAUAUUCAAAAAAGAAGAUUUUGAGUCCAAAAAAGACAGUUAUAUCGCCGAAACACUACCA